AUGGACAGCGUAGCCGUCUGGGGCGACGAGGCCGACGACCUCGCGACCGCCGAGUUGGCUGGCAUGUCGGCGCGGGACCUGCGCAUGCGGACUUCGAUGAUUGACAGCGAGGUCCGUGUCCUCAAGAGCGAAGUGAACCGCCUCCGCUUCGAACUGCACUCCAUGCAGGAGCGCAUCAAGGAUAACCAGGAGAAGAUCCGCCUCAACCGCCAGCUGCCGUACCUCGUGGCGAACGUCGUCGAGCUUUUCGAUAACGAAGAGGCCGACGAAGAAGAGGAGGACGGCGCCGUGGGCGACAUCGACGCGCAGAGGAAGGGCAAAUGCGUGGUGAUCAAGACUUCCACUCGCCAGACGAUCUUCCUGCCAGUCAUUGGCCUGGUUGAUCACACGCUGCUGAAGCCCGGAGACUUGGUUGGGGUGAAUAAGGACAGCUACCUCGUGCUCGACAAGCUUCCUGCGGAGUACGACAGCCGCGUGCGGGCGAUGGAAGUGGACGAGCGCCCGCAGGAGGAGUACAACGACGUUGGCGGACUGGAUAAGCAGAUUCAGGAGCUCAUUGAGGCGAUCGUGCUGCCGAUGACACACAAGGAGCGCUUCGAGAAGAUCGGAAUCCGGCCUCCGAAGGGCGUUCUCAUGUACGGCCCCCCAGGGACUGGCAAGACCCUCUUGGCCCGCGCGUGCGCUGCACAGACAAAAGCGACCUUUCUGAAGCUCGCAGGGCCGCAGCUCGUUCAGAUGUUCAUCGGCGACGGAGCCAAAAUGGUGCGCGACGCCUUCGAGUUGGCGAAAGAAAAAGCGCCUGCAAUCAUCUUCAUCGACGAGCUUGAUGCCAUCGGCACCAAGCGCUUCGAUAGCGAGUUGUCGGGCGACCGCGAGGUGCAGCGAACGAUGUUGGAGCUGCUCAACCAGCUCGACGGGUUCAGCAGCGACGACAGAAUCAAAGUCAUCGCGGCGACGAAUAGGCCCGAUGUGCUGGACCCUGCGUUGUUGCGCUCGGGGCGACUCGACAGGAAAAUUGAGCUGCCGCAUCCGAAUGAGGAGGCGCGGGAGCGCAUUCUGCAAAUCCACGCCCGCAAAAUGAACGUCAACAAACAAGAUGUGAACUUCCGCGAACUUGCGCGCUCGACUGACGACUUCAACGGCGCACAGCUGAAGGCCGUGUGCGUUGAGGCGGGGAUGGUAGCCCUGCGGCGCGGUGCGACGGAGCUCUGCCACGAGGACUUCGUUGAAGGCAUCGCGCAGGUUCAAGCCAAGAAAAAGUCGUCUCUCAACUACUUCACUUGA